CAUUACACAUGCACACCAAAUGAAUAAAACCCUAGCGGCAAUUCAUCGAUUAGAUCUCAGCCGUUGAUCUUAAAAUCUAUUAGGUUGCUUUAGGGUUUAUAAUCGAAGCUCAAUCCUUUGCUCAUAUUCUUUAAAAGCGAUAGCCGUCGUGCUUCUCUCUCCUUCUCUGCCUCGCUUCCUUUCUAACAGAUCGAGCUUUAACAAUGGCCUUUGUGAAGGCUCAGAAAACCAAGGCUUACUUCAAGAGGUAUCAGGUUAAGUUUAAGAGAAGGAGAGCGGGGAAGACUGACUACAGGGCUAGGAUUCGUCUGAUCAAUCAGGAUAAGAACAAGUACAACACUCCAAAAUAUCGUUUUGUUGUGCGAUUUACCAACAAGGACAUUGUUGCCCAAAUAGUCUCAGCAAGUAUUGCUGGUGAUAUAGUUUUGGCAGCUGCCUAUGCUCAUGAGCUUCCUCACUAUGGACUUGAUGUGGGUCUUACAAAUUAUGCUGCAGCUUAUUGCACUGGACUUCUCCUGGCAAGACGGACAUUGAAAAUGCUUGAGAUGGAUGAGGAAUAUCAAGGCAAUGUUGAGGCUACUGGAGAAGACUUCUCUGUUGAGCCAGCGGACACUAGGAGGCCAUUCCGCGCUUUACUUGAUGUAGGUCUGAUCAGAACCACAACCGGGAAUCGCGUGUUCGGUGCUCUAAAGGGAGCUUUGGAUGGUGGUUUGGAUAUACCUCACAGUGAAAAGAGGUUUGCUGGUUUUUCAAAGGAUGGUAAACAGCUUGAUUCUGAAGUUCAUCGCAAGUAUAUCUAUGGUGGUCAUGUAGCUGCAUAUAUGAAUACUUUGAUGGAGGACGAGCCAGAGAAAUAUCAGUCUCACUUCAGCAAAUACAUCAAGAGUGGAGUUGAGGCAGAUGACAUUGAGGCCUUGUACAAGAAGGUCCAUGCUGCAAUUCGUGCUGAUCCAUCUCCCAAGAAAUCAGAGAAGCAGCCACCUAAGGAGCACAAGAGGUACAAUUUGAAGAAGUUGACAUAUGAGGAAAGGAAAGCUAAGUUGAUUGAGCGAUUGCAGGCUCUCAACUCAGCUGCUGAUGCUGAUGAAGACGACGAUGAGUAAAGGUCUUAAGUAUAAUGUCAGCGCAUGAGUUCCAAAAUGUUAAAUUUUUGUUUCUUUAGUACACAUGCUACUUGAUUUUUUCUUUCUUGGAACGAAGUCUUUUUAAAGUUACUCUGCUUUAAUGCUUCCUGGUUUUAGCUGCUUGGACUAUCACUGGUUAGAUAACUGAGAUUUUGGAUGAUUAAAUUAGCCUUGGUAUGAAUGCAAUUUCAGUUUUGACUUAA